AGAAAAAGCUUUUUUCUUUUUUUCUAUUGCGAGUGGAACGGGAUCUGUGAUACAGUGAGAAAGUGUCUUUGCAUCGAAUAAAAAAAAAAAGGAAAAAAGAAGAAAGGAAAAAAAGAUUGAUGAGUUGAGAACGGUUGAAAGGGGUUGUACACGCACGUGCCAGAUAAUGGAGGACGAGGAGACUGAAACCGAUCGGUCGAUCGCCGAGACUCUCUCCAAAAGUAUCGGAUUCCGGCGAAUCGAUAUCGUCCUCGAUCAUCCUCAAAAGGUAUAUUACAGCGGACAUCAGAUCUCAGGGAACGUCCACUUGGAGCUGGAUGAGCCGACCAACGCUUUAGGAAUUAGACUAAAAUGCAAGGGGGAGGCUCAAGUGUAUUUCACCGAUCGAUCAGCUGGCAUUCGACGUAAGUUUUCAGCGUUCGAGAAUUAUCUCCACGUGGAAACGUAUGUGGUCGGCGAUGGUAAAGAAAAAUCUGUGAUAACUGGAGGCGUGUACCCGUUCAGCCUAACGCUCCCAGAGAAGUUGCCGUGCAGCUUCGAGGGCCGAUACGGACGAGUACGAUACUCGAUUAGGGCAUUGUUGGACGUAACGAGCAUUUAUCGGUUUUCCACCAAUAUUAUUCCAUUCACGGUGGCUCCUAUUCUUGACCUUAAUCGAGAUCCUCUCGCUCCCUUGCCUAUAAAUAUCAAACAAUCGAAGAUGUACAUCGGCCAAACGGAACCCCUCACCGUGUCCAUGUCUCUUCCGGUCCGAGGUUACGUCCCUGGCCAAGCUAUACCAAUCACGAUACUCAUGACGAACCUCUCUACAGUUGUGGUUACCAAAAUUAGAAUCGUUUUUAAAAAAGUGGUGUCUUAUCACUCGACGGAAAAGUCGCGUAAGCACAAAGAAAUCAUAGUAGAAGUAGAACAGCCCGUUAAUAAAGACUCCGAUACGUACGACGUCACGUUUGACGUUCCUGCAGUACCACCUACCGGGAUGAUCCACUGCAACAUCAUCGACGUUCUGUACACGCUUAAAGUCGAGGCCUGCGUAGACGUGAGCGAGUGGUACUACAGAAUGUUUCAGAAGAACUUGAAACUGCGAACAAAUAUAGUAGUCGGCACGGUGCCGCUUCAAAAUUACGAGACCCCGCAAAAAACGGCGGACGUGACGGAGGAUUUUUCGCUCCAUCCCCGGUGCACCACGGCGACCAUCACGGAGGACGACACGCAGCCGUUGAAAAACUCGGAGAGGGUGGAGAGGGGGAGGUCGAGUUUGUCUCCAGCAGUGCCGUUGUACGAGAAAAGUCAAAUAUAUCGAUCCUCGAAACCGGACAAGGACGAUCCCACGGGAGACGAUGGUGACAGCGAUGGAGAAGUCAAGCCGUACUCACCAAUGUAUCGCGUGUACAAAUUCAAAUCAUCCCUGAAAAAGGCUCGUUAGACGCGUAGAGAGACAGAGAGAGAGAGAGAGAGAAAAAGAAGAAGAGAUCGUUCGAUUAAUCGUUGAAAUCGUUUCGUGUCCGCAACGGAUAUUCGCGAGAAGAGGAGAGAAGAAUAAAAAAUUGUGAUGAUUCAUUGAAAGUAAAAGAGAAUUGCCGUUUCCUGAAAAAAAAUUUUAUACAGUUCAAGCGUACGUGAAAAAUAUGUACGCGAACGAAUUUUACGUCCAAUUUAGCGCUGUAUCGAUCGACCGGUUGCCUUCGAAUUCUUGCCUUUCGUUUCUUAUUUUCUUACGCGAAAAAAAGGAGGAGAAAGAAAAUAGCGGGGAAAGGAUUAUUAGAACGAGAGGUGGAGCACAGAGUGAGAUAUUAAAAUCCGUUGGGACCAACCCGUGCAGCUAAUUAAAUUCCGUAAUCACGCGAACAACUCGCGAGCAAAGUUAUUCUGUAAUAAUUGUUCGAACCGUGCGAGCUACCGAUACCAUUGAAACCAAGUUUAUGAAACACUUAACAACAUGUAUUGCUUUAAAUGUUCAAUAAAAAUAUUCUCCAGUU